AUGGGGAACAAGCGAAAGCGCGGCGCAAAAGAGAGCGCAAACGGCGUGCCCCUGUCGCAGAAAAGAGCAAAGACCGAGGCAAAGACAGACGUUUCUGCACCCGCGAAGAAGGCAGCUGUCGAUAACAAGAAGUAUCUGCUCGAUAAGGAGCCCUUCCCCGAACAGCUCACCACCACCCAGGAACGUCUGCGAGAAGGGGCUCUUUAUAAUUUCCUCGGCAGUGAAGACGACACCGAACGGCUCGAUGCAGCCAACACAAUCAUCUCCGCCCUGCUCGAUGGCGAAGGUGUUUCCGAGUCCGUCCUCGACCGGCAUCUCGAGAAGCGGCUGUUUCGAGGCCUGGCUAGCGGCCGGAAUGCAUCGCGACUAGGGUUCAGCAUCGUCUUGACCGAGAUAAUCCAGCAGUUGUUUGGAGAGAAAGACUUAUCGUCCUCGAGAUACCGAGGUUUGACGUUCGAUUUCGUCCUGAAUACGUUGAUGGAGAAGACCAAGCCUGUGGGAAAUAUCUCGGGCCAGGAAGAGAGGGAUCAUUACUUUGGACAAUUGUUCGGCAUAGAAUGCUUCGUCCGGGCCAAUGUCGUCUUCCAGGAACAGGAGAGGUGGGAGGCUAUCAUGAACUGCCUGCUCAAGGUUGCGAAAAAGAAGGUCUCGAUGCGCUCACAGUGCGUCUGGGUCAUCAUCCAGGCCGUGACGCAAAUGAAGAAGAAGGUGGCCGAGCAGACACUCCAGAAAAUUGCAGAUGCAGGCCUGGCCAAGUCCCCCGAGGCAGUUGGCCUUUGGAUUGUGGUCUUGGAUAAAUUCCGUGAUUUGCAGGUGCCAGCUAAGACCUGGCGAGAUCCACUGGCUUCCAAAUCUCUUCAAGAUCUUGCGUCCGUUUUGAAGGAUAGCGGAAGGUCCGAGGAUAACGCUGUUGAUGGUGCCCCCAAACACAAGCAAGGCUCAUGGAGUGCACAGCUGCAUUUUGUAUGGGACAUCAUUCUCGCGCACUUCAUUAAGUCAUCACUCAAAGGUGAUGGCACUUCAGAUCAGUUCAAACUCUUCUGGACCCGAGUUGUGGAUCAGGGUUUCUUUUCCAAGGGGGCGGCAGAUGUGCAGAAAUUCUCAGGAUUCAUGAUUUUUCAGAAAUUCCUCGAGGGAGGUGCUUCCCAACCCUUCGUCAUUGACAAUCUCUUCAGUAAGAACCUAAUGAUCUGUCUGAUGAACCAAGCCGCCAAGGAGGAUCGAUAUCUGCACCGUGCUGCAACCAAAGCCCUCAAGGCGAUAGAAACAGUCGUUGAGAAGAACCCAGACUUGGUCCUUCCAGUCUUGCAGGAACUUCUGGGCGACAAUGGUGCUUACAAUUUCGACGAGCGCACUAGGAGCAAGACCAUUGAGAAGAUUCUACAACACACCCAAGCUAAGCAUGGCAAGCUUGUCAUUGAUGCGAUCAGGAGGCUUGUGCUCCUGACGCCUGAAGCUGAACAUGCUGAGAGUCACGGGAGAGUCUAUGGAGAAUAUCUCUUCAAGCUCACAUCAGUGCCAUCCGAAGAGCUGCAACCCGGUGAGACACAAGAGGCAUCAGUAGCGGGCCAGGCGCUGCUCGAAUUCGCCCACUCCUCUUACUCUUCAGACGAUUCUUUGCCAGCUCUGACCGAAAAGACGAAGAGUAUGCUACGGGGCCGCUUCAUGGCAGCUCUGUCGAAAUUUGUUAAGAAACCGGAGGACUUCCCCGACUUCUGCAAUGCAAUUCUCUCAAUCGACAUCAAUAGCGUCGAGAUGGAUGAGGAGCUGCAGUCUGAGCUUGUUGAGGCUCUGGAAAAGCUACAGUCGCUCAUGAAGCCACCGAAGAAGAGCAAGAAGACCGACGAAUCGCGGGGACCCAACCAAGGAUUAGCCCUGCUUUAUGCCGUCGCGAUUCUUCAGCUCUAUAAUGAAGAACCUGAUGCUCUGGAGGUUUUGGGUGAUUUAAAGCAGUGCUAUGCGAGCCUUUCCAGUAAGCAGAAGAGCGAUGCAGAGACAUCUAGCAUCCUUGUGGAGGUUCUCCUCUCUUUGGUAGCUCGGCCAUCUAGCCUGCUGCGACAGUCGUCUUUGCGCGUGUUUGAAGCAUUCACAUCCUUGAUGACUGCAGAGUCUCUUCAACUCUUGACAGAUACUCUCAACGCCGAAGAAAGUGCAAAGGGUCAGCAAGCUCUCUUCCAGACAGAAGACGAGAUGGAGGGUAUCGAAGAAGGAGAAGGAUCCGAUGAUGAGGAUCUGGACGGGUCUGAUAUUGAUUCUGACGUGGAAUUUGUUGGCAUGGCAGAUGCAAAUGGCGCUGAAGAGGAAGGUGAAAAUGAAGACGAUGAAAACGACAGCGAUGAUGGGGAAGACGAGGAAGGGGAAGAUGACCAGAACCUGAAAGAGCUAGACGAUGCCCUAGCCAAGGUUCUCCAAAGCCAUCGCUUGGAUAAAGACAAGGAUGCAGACUCAUCUGAUAACGACUCGGAUAUGAGCGACUCGGAGAUGAUGGAGCUAGACGACAAGCUCACCGAGGUAUUCAAGCAGCGCGUCAAGAAGAUGAACAAGAAAAAGGACAACAAGGAUGCCAAGGAGACGGUCAUCAACUUCAAGCAUCGCGUUCUGGAUUUCCUGGCAAUUUACGUUGAGAAGGAGGCAACCAAUGCGCUGGCAUUCAGCCUCUUGGUACCGCUGCUGCAAUGCAUGCAAGCUACACAAAACAAGGCCAUCGCAUCCAAGGCGUGCGAGGUCAUCAUCAGCUUCUCUCAGGCCUUGCGAAAGGUGCGGAGCCGGAAAGACCCGAUUGGUGGACUGAAGAAGAAUGAAUAUCUGGAACUCCUGCAGGAAAUCCAUGCUGAAGUGCCUAAGGACUUGUCGCACGCUCAUGCGAAGGCAGCCUCCACCGCUAAUCUCAUUGUCAUCUCCAGCCUCUUCUACCAAGACGAGAGCAGCUUCCCAUCCAUUUCUUCCUUAUAUGCGGAGACGGUGGCGAAAUGGGUCCAGGAGAAGACGGCAUUCCAGCAUUCAUUCUUGGCUGAAUGGAAUUCGUGGAUGCUGAGCCAGUGCCAGUCUCCCACAGCUGGCUGA